AUGGCCGACAACCAGCAGCAGCAGAAGCCGAUUUAUGUCGCCACUUAUGGCCGCGAUCCCAAGAUGGCUGCGGCUGUCAGUGAGAAAAUGUUACCUGAUGUUGAAGUAGUCCACACGUCUCUCUCCCUCUCCACUGCCCUCCACGAGCUUCCCGCUCUCUUCUCAGGCGACACCUCCAUCGUGCCCUCCUCCGGUCUAGGUUCCAACACCAACCGCUCGCCCUCGGAGCGACACAUUCCCACCGCUUUGCUCGUCGGCGGCAGCAGCUUGUCCGACGAAGAAUACGAGAACAUUGUCUCAGCCGUACGGGAAGCGAUCCCUGGAGCCGAAGGAAGCGGCACAACCGUGCAGUUCAUCCGGAUCGGAAAGCGAGAUUUUAUCGGAAGAGGCUUGCUGGGGCGAGGACUUAGGGGUUUCUUUGGGGCGGGGGCCGGCGAUGGCGUGGAUGGAUGCGCCGCGGAGGACCAGGAGGAGGGGGAGGGUCGUGGUGGUAUCGGUGGACGGUUUGGGGACGGUGAUUCUGCCGCAGGGAAUGAUAUCGGAAGGGAUACAAAGGGAGGAGGAAAGGGAAACAGAAAUGGGAAGAGGUUCUGGCAGAGGGACCGCUCUGCCGACAGUGGCAUUGGAUUACCGGACGACGACGACAGCUCGGAGACCCCCCAAGUAACAAACGAUGACUUCCUCGGCACCGCCAUCGCUACGGGCACUUCCACCUCUUUCGCCUUCGCCGGCUCCACUGGCUGGCGAUACAUCAGCCUCUCCGACGACGACAACAAUCAGCGCCCCCAUGCAAACCAAGACGAAACCGUUGGGCUGCUCCAAGGAAUGCGAUUCAGAGGCAAGAAAAAGAAAGGAAAGAAGGUUGUCAUGUUCGCCAGUGGCAUUCCAGAGGAGGAAGAGGAACAUGAAGAUGAUGAUGCCGAUGGGAAAAAGAAGGGUGUCAAAGGAAAAGGUGGCAAAUGUGAAGGAUGGUUUGAAACGCUCAUGGUCCAUGGAUUCGGAUCAAUCGCUCAUUUCUAUGUCCCCUGCGUUGAUUUCACAACUUUCGAUGAGAAUGGAAUGGUGAGUAGAGAGGUAGUUGCGAUGCCGAGGCAGAGACAGGCGCAUAUUGUGGUUUUUGAUGAUGGGCUGGGGGGUAUAGCGCUUCGUGAUCUAUGA